CGGGCGGCACCGGGCGCACCGAGCGGGAGCGCCGCCAACGCGGUCACGUGUGCGGCCCCUCCUCUCGCGCCGGCCUCCCCCGCGCGCGCCGCUCUCUCCAUUCAUAAAUUCUCCGCCUGCUCCGCUGCCGCCGGGUGCCUGAGCCAGCCGGGGAGUGCCGCGCAGCCGCCGCCCGCCCUCCGCCCGCUGCCCAUGGGCCGCGCGCGUCCCGGCGGUGAGCCUUAAGAUGCAGCCCACUGCCACGAUGGCCACUGCAGCCACCACCACCGCCACAGUUGCCCUGACAACAUCGUGGGACAAUGCCACCGUCCGUCCCACGGCUCAGCCUGAUCCCAUCCUGGACAACUAUGUGCUGUUGGUCGUGGUGAUGUCACUGUUCAUUGGGGGCACACUGGUGGUGCUGUCGGGUGUCCUGCUCCUGUGUAAACGCUGCUGGGAAGUCCACCAGCGCUUCAACAGGGCCAUGGAAGAAACAGAGAAGACCACCACCACCUACCUGGACAAUGGCGCCCACCCUGCCCAAGACCCUGAGUUCCGGGGCGAGGACCCUGAGGGCCAAGAUGUGGAGACCGAGCGCUUCCUGUCUACCAGUUCCACUGGCCGCCGGGUCUCCUUCAACGAGGCUGCCCUGUUUGAGCAGAGCCGGAAGGCUCAGGACAAGGGCCGAAGGUAUACCCUGACUGAGGGAGACUUCCACCACCUGAAGAACUCCCGCCUCACCCACCUGCACCUGCCACCCCUCAAGAUCAUCACUAUCCACGAGUGUGACUUGGGUGAGGCCAGCUCAGCUGCCACACCCAACCCGGCCACCACCCCUAAGGACAGCCUGGCCAUCUUCCAGCCCCCGGGGAAGGCCCUCACCGGCCGCUCUGUGGGCCCCAGCUCCGCCCUGCCAGGUGACCCCUACAACUCUGCUGCUGGCGCCUCUGACUUUGCAGAAAUCAGCCCCUCAGCCUCCAGCGACUCUGGGGAAAGUGCUUCGUUGGAUACAGGUGCCAGGAGUGCCAAGGCUGGUGGACCCGGGACCUCGGCAGGGCCUGGGGAGGUGGGGGCAGGCUCCGGGCCAGGCACUGUCCUGCAGUUCUUCACCCGCCUGCGCCGCCAUGCCAGCCUGGAUGGGGCCAGCCCCUACUUCAAGGUCAAGAAAUGGAAGCUGGAGCCCAGCCAGCGGGCAUCCAGUCUGGACACAAGAGGUUCCCCCAAACGCCACCACUUCCAGCGGCAGCGGGCAGCCAGCGAGAGCAUGGAGCAGGAUGAGGGGGACGCCCCCUAUGCAGACUUCAUCCAGUACAUCGCCCGUGCUGGCGACGCUGUGGCCUUCCCACCCCCCCGCCCCUUUCUGGCCAGCCCCACCAGCCCGCCCCCCGCUCUCGGCAGGCUAGAGGCGGCCGAGGCAGCGGGAGGAGUGAGCCCCGAGUCCCCCCUGGAGCGAGGCGCCGUCUCGGGGCCCGAGCAGCCGGAGCUGGACGCCGAGCAGGCACAGGCCAGCUACCGCGACCUGUGGAGCCUGCGCGCCUCGCUCGAGCUGCACGCGGCCACCGCCUCAGACCACAGCAGCAGUGGCAACGACCGCGACUCGGUGCGCAGUGGCGACAGCUCUGGCUCAGGGGGCGCGGUGCCUGCCUUCCCACCACCCUCACCACCCGCGCCCCCGCGCCCCAAGGAUGGUGAGGCUCGCCGGCUGCUGCAGAUGGACAGUGGCUAUGUUAGCAUUGAGGGUGGCCGCGGUGCAGGUGACGACCUCGCGGUCAUCGAGCCGCCGCUGGCCACACCCGCCCCCUCUCCACGCAGUCCGCGUGCCUGGUCACGCCGGCCGCGGCGGGACUACAGCAUCGAUGAGAAGACCGAUGCGCUCUUCCACGAGUUCCUGCGACACGACCCGCAUUUCGAUGACACCCCGGCCACCGUGCGCCACCGUGCACGCGCGCAUCCACACACGCACGCACGCAAGCAGUGGCAGCAGCGCGGCAGGCAGCACAGCGACCCUGGUGGUGCACGUGCAGCCCCUGCUGCGGGGCCUACAGUCCCGCCUGCUGGCGUGCCUCGGCCUGCGCGUGCGCCCUUGCGCCGUGGUGACAGUGUCGACUGUCCACCCGAGGGCCGUGCACUGGCCAGCACGGGCGACGACCUGGCCAUUCCCGUCAUCGAGGAGGAGCCCGGCGGUGGGGGGGGCGGUGGAGGCUGCCCUGGCUCAGGCCUCUGUGUGGAGCCCUCCAGGGAGCUGCUGGACAAGCUGGCAGCAGGCCUCGAGGAGAGACUCUUUCCCCCGUGCCUGGCCGAGCCAGUCCCUGCAGCCCCAGCGCUGGUCGUCGCUGCUGCCCCUACAUCCCCCGACCACAGCCCGGCCUAAGUCCUGUGCCCCGAGCCUACCUCUGGGCAGCUUCUCUGGCACUGGGGUCUCGGCAGCGACGGCAGUGGGACAGACCUGGGGACGCGAUGCCCUCGCAUGUAUGCACCUGGACCACACUGGCCCGUUGUGCACAUGUGCGGACCGGGUGCUCUGGCUGUCCCAGGUGUGCACACUCGCAGCUCCAUGCAUCCCUAGAGGCGCGCAUGUGUACAGUUCAGCGGCCAGCAGUCGUAGUCCCACGUGCACACGCCACGGCCCCUUGUCGACCUCCUGCCCUCCAGGUGUGUACACCCAUUGCCCUUUCUGGGCAUGCUGUGGGUUGGUCAUCACGGUAUCAAGAGGUGCAAUGCUCCAUGACCCUGGCUUGACUGGAGGAAGAAAUUCCCAUCUUUGGGCCCUUAAGGAAAAGUCAAUGCCCAUGGCCUCAGACAACAGCUUCCAGGCCUUACAGCGCAACAUUUCUGCUUCGGAGGGGCAGUGGUCCCGGACUGCAGUGUGGGCUUGGGAUCUGACAUCUCAAGGGAUGUGCAUAGUUUCCCUCCAUGCCCAGUUGAAGCUUGAGGGGUCAGGAGCAUGUAUUCGGGAGGGGGGAGGCCACUGCCCGCCAGGCGCAUGCGUGAUCCCCAUCAGGGUAGGAACUGACUGGGGACCAAGGAUCAAAGAGCUCUCCAUCCCAGGACCCAGGAGGUUGGCUGGAGGCCGAGGCUGCCAACCCCACCAAGCCGUUUACCUCACCGCGGCAUGUGUUCGCGGCAGCCCGCGCCCCCUCCCACUCCGAGCAAUAACUGCGCUUGCCGCCGCCAACGCUGCUGCCACAGCCACCAGCCCUGAACUUGGCUCCUCCUGCCAAUGCUGUCUCCCUGUACACGCUGUUCCAUCCGUCCUGUCCUGCAUGCGAUUGGCGACCCAUGCCUGCCCCUUCCAGAGGAGCCACCGGGGACUCAGUGUUGGAGAUGUGGACAGAACACAGCCCAGGCGGCACAGCUUCAAGUCUCCCGAGCUUUAUUUAUUGCCAAAAGAUGGGGCCGUCGGCCCUGCCCUCGCUGCUGCCCGUCCAGUCUGUCCCACCCCAAGAUGGCGUUCUCGUGUUGUUUUUGUUUUCUGGUCGAUUAUUAAAUAUUUAAUGCACA